AUGCGUCCUUGGAUUGGUAAAAUUAUGGAUUUUAGGAUUGUUGCAUAACUCAUGAUUUCAACAAUCCUAUAUAUAGUUUAGGGUUGUCCAUUUGCAGAUUAUGAAUAGAGUUUGCUAAGUGCUAAACAUCAAAUAGAAAUCGCGACUGUUGAAUUUUUAGGUUCAUCAUAAUCGUUCGCUUUUUGGAGUUUUUGCAUUCCAUCUUGGGAAGUGGAUGGAUAUCCAAAUGUAGAGGAUUUUCUGUUACAAGAUAAUAGAAAUUAAUAACUUUUGUUUUUGAUGAGAUCAGACGCUGUCGACUCAUCUUUGAUAAUGUUUAUGUAUGUUGAUUUUAUUGUUGGGGGAAAUUAAAAUGAAGUUGUUCAUAGUCUUCAUAUAAAUAAUGAAUAAUUAGAGAAUGUUUAUGAAUACAGAUUUGAUGCUAAAAAUUAUGAAGGAACAUGGAUCUUAAGCAUGAUUACAAUUUAAUAACAAAACAUAUUAUUCUAAACUUCAGUGUCGACUGAUUAUAAUGACAUACAAGUUGAAAUACCUUAAUACAAUAAAGUUCUUUUCAUAAUUGGAGGUACUGGAAUUGUAAAUUAAUUAUAUUUUAAAUUUAGGUGCGUCAAUAAUAUUAACUAGGUAUAUUUAGAGGGAGAUUAUCAAAAUUAAUAACAUACAAUGAUUAAACAAAUUUAGAUUUUGAAUGGGUUAAGGCAAACUGUUUAAUUCCACAAAUCAUAAAUGGAGGAUAAAUUGUAUAUUUGAUAGAAGAAGUACUACUUUUCGAAGAAAAUUCAUAAAUCAUAAGGUCGAUAGAUUAGGUAGGCAAGAGUUUUCAAUUUUAUGGUUGGGUUAAAUAUGAUUUUUCAUAGGCAAGUUUUACAACAACGUAUUUAUUACUUAGACUUACAAUAUUCAAGAAUUAUGGGGAUGAAUUAAGAUUAGGAGAUGAACUGGCUAAGAUCACAGUUGAUUUAGACCUUUCACAACCUCAAAAGUGUGGCUAUGAUGUAAUAUCACAUAUGUAUUCUACUCCAAUAUUUGGGUCUAUAAAUUAAAAAUUGUAGGAAAAACUUACAUUUAGAGAUGAUGGGUCAUUCUAUUAUCAAUAAUUAUAAUAAUGGCAUAUGGUAUCAUUUCUUUACUAGUAACGUAAUGGGCCUACUGUGUCUUUUAACUUUGUUUCUUCCAAUCUUAUAAUAGAUGAGAAGUUUCCUGAUUAAAAUGCAUAAGGAUUGUUUAUAAACACUAAAUAUUACGCAAUUAUUGGUAGUGAUCGUACAUUAUUAUCAAAACUUAGAGGUCAAUUGGCAAACGUAAGGUUUGAGUAUAAUUUUGAAAUAAAUACAGAAUUGAAUAUUGGUAUGUCUAAAAUCUAAUAUAAAGUAGAUUGUCAUUACACAUGCAAUAAAUGUGAUGGUCCACUAUCAACGAAUUGCUUAUAAUGUUAUGGCCUACAAAAUAGAAUGUAUUCAGCAGACUUAAAAACUUGCUAAUGCCAAUUAGGCUAUAUCGAACAGUUAGGUGAGUGUAAAUCCUACUCAGAGAUAUACCCUUUGGUAUCCUCCUUAGAUCUUCCAAUUUUUUAGAGCAGUUUUAAUUGUGGAGUUGGAUAUUUCUACUUAUCAACAAUCUAAUAAUGUAUUAAGUGGUAUUUACUUUUAUUAUAUGAACAGUCCUUAAGAGAACUAAGUGGGUAUACUUUGUGCUGAUUGCCUUGUUAAUCCAAGUACCUGGCAUUAUAAGCCUGUGUGUAAAAUGGAUUUUGUAGUUGACAAUGAUUCUGGGAAAACAGGUUAUAGGUUAUAAUAGAGGAAUCCUUUAAAUUAUGAUGUCUAUUUAAUUGAUUAUAAUUCUAAUUUAGUAUUGAUUGAGGGAGCUGAAGAUUAUUGUAACACUUAAAAUGAUUUUCCUAAUUGUUUUUAAAUUGAAAAGGAAACCCAUUUACUUUCAAGUUUUUAUAUCAUAUGUAAGGAAGACCAUUAUUUUUAAAAUAAUAAAUGUUGGAAAUCAAUAUCAAAUUGUAUUAAAUCUAGUUUUGAAUCAGAUAAUUGCUUAUAGUGCGCUGUUGGAUAUUAUUUACGUGAUAAUACUUGUGAAGUAUGUGCUAAUUUUUGCAUUAACUGUCAAAUCAAUAAUGGAAUUUAUUAGUGUCUAUAAUGUCCAGAUGGAUAUGAGGUCCAGGAUGGAGAUUGUGUAAAAUGUGGCAAGAAUUGUUAGAUUUGCAAAUUUUAACAAAUUAAAGAUACUAAUUACAAGUUGUUGAGAUGUUUAAAAUGUGUACAUGAUGAACAAUAUUAUAUUUCGUUAGAUGGGGAGAAUUGCUUUGAAAAUUCGAUAAAAAAUUGCCUAUAUGCUUUUGAAGUGUCAAGAUACGACUAUAAAAUUAAUUCCAUAGAUUAUGAAUUAAAUUUAAUUCCUAUUGCCAAAGAUGUUGUAUGUGGCCAAUGCUAAUUAAAAUAAACUUAUAAUUAAGAUUUGAAUGAAUGCGUGCCACAAUAAUCUACUGACUGUUACUAUAGUUAUGUAUCAAUGAUAACUUCAAAUUAAGAAGUUUGCUUAUUUGGACCAAAACUAAUUUCAGACAGAGACCCUGUGUCUUUUCUUACUGAAAGUCCUUGUUUGAAUUAUAAUUGUCAUGUUUGCCUGAUUAGCUAAAUCUUCAUUAAAGUUUCAUAAAUUUGUCUUGAAUGCAAUAAUGGAUAUUAUGCAGAAAAAUUAACUGGGUUUUGUCUACCUUGUCCUUAAGAACUGAAAUGUCAGAUUUGUUAUUAAUAAAACAAAAUAUCUAAGGACAAUUGGAAGAACCAGGUUCGAGCCUAUUAUAGAUUAAUCAUAGAUGAUGACUUGCAAUCACAUUCAUUUAUUGAUCAUGGACUUAGUUAAAAUUCUGACGACUAUGAGGUUGUAUGUUAAUUUUGUCUUUAAGGAUAUGAAAUUCUUAAUGGCAAAUGUAUUGAAGUCUGUCCUAAUUCUUGUCUGUAAUGCAAAAUUAUCAACAAUCAGAAUAUCUGUGUAUAAUGCCCAGAAAUUCGAGGCAAAAGAAGCUUAAGUCUGUAAAAUAAUUAAUGUAUUUAAUGUCCUGGACAUUGCGUAUUCUGUAGGUAAAGAGACUAAGAUGAAAUAAAAUUAAUUAAUCCAAUCUUUGAUAAUCUAGACUUUUAUUAUUAUUCUAAUCAGUGCUUAUAAAACUAAAAAGGAUAUUAUGAUACAGAUUUAAAAAUGUAUGUAGAUUGUGAAUCUGCUCCAUGUAUGAAAGAAAUGUAGAUAAAUUUAUUUUUGCAUUGUUCACAAUAAUAAUAUUAUGAAUAAAUACAAUCUUUAUAAAGAGAUGAAGAUGUGAAAACGUUUAAAUAAUCGAAUAUAUUAAUAGAUGAUUUAUUUUCCACUUCCAGUUUUUAACAAGUAAAUUUUUGUUCAAUUUUUAGUUUGAAUAACAAGAAUUUUAUCAGAUGGCCAAUGAGUAGGCAAUCAAAUCAAUUCUAAUCCGAAUUUUCAGUUUUGAACCACAAACAUGUGUUAUCAAAAAUAAUAAAAGUAUUAAACAAUAAUUCAGUUAAAAUAUCUUUUCGGCAAUGUAUUUGAUAUUCUUUAAUUUAGAAAUGUUAAAUUGGAACUUUAUGGAUAUGGAAAUACAAUUUUUUAAUAUGAUAAAAUUAUUUCGAUUGUGAACUUCAAAAAGAUUUAUAUUCAAGGGAUAAUUUUAGAACCAUUACCAGUUCAUAAUCUUAAGAAGUUAUUUUUUAAUAGUGUCUUUGAAUAAACAAUUCAAUUAACUGAUAUUACAUAUAAAAGUAAUCUUAUCUAGGAUAAAUCUUAAAUUGUAAUAUGGAAUUCUACUUUUGUUAUCAUUGAUACAUUUCGUACUUAAGAUCUUAAUUUAACUGAGAUCUUGGCAUUUAUUUUGGUGGAAGAAAUAGAAAAAGUCUAAACUAUUCAGAUUGUAAACUUUAAUAUGAUAAAUUGUGAAUUCUAAACAGUUAAUUUGUUCUAAUGUAAUACUAAGGCAAGUGAUUCUACUUAUUUCCUAUUAUCAAAUUUUACUUCAAUCUCAUUUCAGUAAUCUCAACUGCUAAACUCAACUUCAGGACUCCUUUUAAUUUAAGAAAUUAUUAUCAAAGAAAGUUUGAUAACUGAUGUAUAGAAUUUAAUAGGAGGAAACGAGUUAUUUACAAUCUAAAUCUAUUCAUUUAAAAUGUAUAAAAAUACCUAAGUUAAUUCUACGAUAUUUGGCAUGAAAACAACCUUUUCUAUUAAUACUUUUAAAUUUAUUGAAAAUACAAUUUUGAAUGGCUCUUCAGUUUUUAAUAAUUCAGAUGCCCAAGCAAGAAAUUUAUAUUUUAUAUAACUUGAAUUUGUAUUAAAUAUAAAUGACAAAGAAUCCAGAUUUAUACGUAUCAAAAACAAUUAAAAUGCAAAUUAAUAUCUUUUCUUCGAUGAUUUGAUUCUUAAUCUCAAUUCAUUAUAAGUAAAUUCAAACCAGCCACUUAUAGAUAAAUAAGAUGAGUCCCUUAUCUUUUUAUAAGCAGAAUACAUAUACAUAAAUGGUUUGGUCAUUACCAGAAGUUUUGGGAUUAAAGAUAUUGUUAUUUAAAAAGUGUCAACUUUCAAACUAAGUGAAGCAAGAAUCACGCAGGAUAAAUCAUAUCAAAUUAAAGGACUUCAUCAAUAUUUUGAUUGUGUUUAAAAGGAAAUUUCAGCAAAGUACUAUUUUACAUCACUAUAUCUCUAUGAUAUUCAAAACAUAACACUAUAUUCAAUACUAAUAGAAUCAGUUUCAAUAAUAAAUUAUCCAAUAAUAAAUAUUCUCUCCUCCAUCGAGAUGAUUACAAAGUCACAGGAAAUUUCAGUUUCAAAUUUAUAUUUUAAAAGCAACCUCAUAUUGAUAACGGAUUCAUUAAAGUAAGCAUCCAUUUUCUAAAUAACCUCAUAGUCAGAAUAUAAAAUAUCUAUAUCUGACUCAACAAUGGCCAAAAAUCUUAUGCACUAAUAUCAACAAAAUGAUCUCAUAAGCUCUGCAUUACUUUUCAACUUCGAUUGCUCCUAUUGUACUUUGAAUUUUCAAAAUUUAACAAUUGAAUCUAAUUUAGUUACAAACUCGACCUAAAGUAUCAUUUACAUAAAAUCAAAGACAAUAAUCAUGAUAAAUAUAGUGUUUAGAUAUAAUUGUAUUUCCAAUUAUAGCAUUUUGCAACCUCACAUAUUAUGGGGAUUUAAAAGUGACCAAGAGAUAUUUUUAGAGAACAUUAAAGAAAUCUUUCCUGUCAAAGUGUAAACAGGAAAUGCUAAAUUGGCUGGUCAAAACAUUGAGCUAACUAACGUAAGUAUUUCAAACUCUGUUGGUUCUGGGUUAUAUAUUUCUCUUGAAAACUAAGCUAAAUGCUUAAUGACGAAUAUAGCAUUCUAAUCAAUUAAAUCAUUGUUCUUGGAAAAAAAUGAAAAUGGAGGAGCAAUUGUAUUUGAUACUACUCGAAUCAUUGAGGCCAUUAUAGAAUUGUAAAAUAUAAGGUUGAAUAAUAUUUUAUGUCGAUAAAAGGGUGGCUUUGUUUAUUUAAUUAACGGAUAAGGUAAAUCUUAGAUACUUAUGUCAAACUUAAAAAUCCAAGAUGUAUAUGCUCUUUAGGGGUCGAUAAUUUUUACUGAAUUUUCAUCUUAAUCAACGAUACCUAAAAUAAUAAAUCUAGAAAACAUUGAAAUAAAAAAUUCUCAAUUAGGUUAGAUGAGUUUCUUGAAUCAAUUUAGCGAUUUAGAAGACGCAGAAGAAUUGUAGCAAUUAAGUUAUUAAAGAUAUAUGUUUUGCAUUUAUAAUGCAUAUGCCAUCAUAAUUUAGAACAUUUUCAUCAUGGAUAUAAAUUAUGAAUCAUUCCUUUAGGUUUCAAAUAAUUUUUAAAUCUAAAUAACUAAACUUUUAAUAAGCAAAUCAAUAUUUUUAAAUUCGGUUAUAUAAAUUGAUAACAAAAACAGCAGUUCGUCCAUAUGUAUUACUGAUAUGCAACUAUCAAACAUUUCUAUUUUAGCUAUUAUUCCAUAUAAAACUGAAUGUAUAGUCUAAUCUGUCAAUUCAAUACCUUAUUAAUCUUUUUCUUGUUUGGGUGAAUCUUUUUCUAGAUUAUCUCCUAAGAAUUUACCUUCAUAUUAUGAUGAAGCAUAGGAUACAAUGACAGUUUGUGUUCUUAAUAAAAUGAAAAUGUAAAAAAGUAAUGAAAACGUGAGUGUUGUUGAAAUCACUCCGUUUAAAUCCAAUAUGACAAUUUCAUAACUGUUGUUGAAAGAUAUUAAUUGUGAAAUCUGUGAUAAUGGAUUAUUAAAUAUUCAACUUAAAGAGAAGCAAAGUUAUUUAGAUAUUAAAUCACUCAAUGUUUAAAGAAAUUAAUGCGGUAAAUCCAGCUGUAUUAAUAUUAUUAAUAAUAUAUAAUCACGUCGUCGGCUAUAAACAUUGAUUCCUUUUGUUAAUAGCAAAAAUUACUAGGUAAAUAUAUUAAAUUAUAUUUGUUAAAAAAAUUAAGGAUUUGAAGGUACAUGUUUAAGAAUAUAAAAUAUAACGACAUUGAUCAUUUCUUCUAUCUUAUAAAAAAAUAGUGCUGUUAACAAAGGAGGAGCUAUUUUAGUUAUUGGACUAUAAGAUUUCUACAUAGAGUAAUCAGUGCUAUAAGAUAAUAGAGCUAAUAUUGGAGGUGGAUUAUUUAUGACUGAUUAGAUGAAUUAAAAUAUGACACUUUUGGGCUCAAUAGUUUCAGGAAACAUCGCAAAACAGUAUGGAAAUAAUGAAGCGUAAAUACCUUCUUAAUUGGCUAUUUCUGUAGAUGCUGUGAACUUUCUACCAAAAAUUAAGGUACUCUAGACAGAAAAUUUAGUAAUUGAAUAAAUACACAUAAAGAAAUAUGAAGUUUUUAGGAAAGUAUUUUCCGAUACUCUCUAUUUUCCGAACGGACAAUUAAUUUCAGAGUAUAACUAUUUUGAUUGGUAGAAGGAACAAUAUUAUCCUUACAAUUUGCAUUUAAGAAUAAUAGCACUAGAUCAAUAUGAUUCUAUUAUCAACAAUUUACAAAAAACAUCAUGUUCUAUUAAAGGUAGACUACUUGAUGAUGAAUUAGAAAGACUAUUCACAAACAACUUUACAAACCAAGAGAACAUUGAAUUUGGGGAUAAGGACUAUAAUUUGGAUUAACUGAUAAUAUAUUUAGAUGAUGAGUUAAAUAUGACUUUGCAACUUCAAUUUAACUGCAGUUCAAUUUUUAUACCCAUAAGAGGUGAAAAUAAAUAAAUAACGUCAUAUCAUUAAAAUUAUUAUUUGAGAAUGAAUGUCAAGACAUUACCAUGUCAGCUGGGUGAAAUUAAAAAGACUACAAAUAAAAUCUGUGUUCCUUGUGAUCCAGAAUUAGGAUAAUAUACUUUAGUUAUUAAUUCUUAAAGAUGCUAAGUUAAAAAUGAUGUUUCCACAAAGGAAAUUAAAUCAGCAUAAUUGAAUCUAAGAGAGGGAUUUUGGAGACCCUAUUUCAAUAGUGACUCUAUUGAUUAAUGUAUUAAUUUACCAAGAAAUUGCAACGGAGGUUGGUCUCAAGGAGAUAAUUCUUGCUCUAAUGGACAUAUUGGUGCUUUAUGUGAAGAAUGUGAUAUUUAUGAUACUAGAGGAUCUGGACAUUUUUCAAAAAGUGUUUAAUAUUCUUGUAGUUCUUGUCUAAAUAAUUCCAAAAACAUAGUCAUAAUCAUAUUAGUCAGCAUUUGGUAUUUACCUUAUAAUAUUUUAGGACAUUGAUAUCUAUUUUCAUAUCUGUGAAGAGUACUGUGGCAUUACUUAAUUAAAUAGCGAUUCAAAUUUAAAUGACAAAACUAAAGUUCAUUAAAAAUUCAAUAUAGUCCCAGUCAGCUAUUCUCAUUAAGAUGCUUACUAAUCAUCUUCAAAUACUGACAGCCAUAACUACUUUUAAAAUAAAUUUCUCGACUGGUUUAACUAACGCCUUAAAUGCAAUAGGCAACCCAAUACAAACUAUGGCAUAUUCUUUGGAUUGCUUCUUAAUUUACAUGUUUUCUAUGGAAAUUCAUUACGCUAGAAUAAUAUGGCAAUUAGUCAUGCCUUUCAUAUACAUUUUUCUAUUUUUAGGUAUAUAUUUUAUUACUGUAAGAAUUGGAGCAAUUAAAUACAGUUUAAGUGUUAUUACUACUACAUUUAUCUACAUUUAUAUUUAUAUUCAGCCAAACUUAGUAGGUGGUUUGAUUUCAUUAUUAUCUUUUAGAUAAAUAUCUGGAUAUUAAUGGAUUCAAGCUAAUGUAGCUUAUAGAUAUGAUACAUCCCAGCAUAUUAUUUGGCUUCUAGCAUUUUGUUUACCUGGGUUAUUUAUCUUUGCUCUUCUGCUACCAUUUUUAUUUUUCAUAGCAUUAUACAUUAAAAGAGACAUUCUAAAUGAGAAAAUAAUUAGACAACAGUUUGGAUAUUUAUAUAAUGAAUAUAAAACAGGUGCCUUUUUUUGGGAAAUUGUUAAAAUUGUUGAAAAAGAAUUGCUUAUUAUCUUUCUGUCUUAUUAUGACGACAACAUCAUUCAGAAAGGUACUCUUGUACUACUUGUUAUUUAUUUAUAUUCAGAAUUAAAUAAUAGAUUUAAACCUUACAAUAUGAGCACUCUUAAUAAUUUAGAUGCCCUUUCAGCUAAAGUUUGCUAAAUUUCAAUUAUAUUGGGAUUUGGGAUAUACAUUGAUGAACUUUAUGGCAAUUUUGAAAUUCAAAUACCCUACUUUGUAAUCUUGGCCAUUCUCAACUUAUUUUACUUUAUAUUACUUUUUAAUGAAAUUUUAAAAUCAUAUUACGUGGAAUUGGAAGGUAAAUUUGAUAAAGUGAGGGACAAGAUAUCUUUAAUCGCUCCAUGGACUGUGAAACAUCCAUACCUCAGAAAGUAUCUAGAAAAUAGCACUUAAAGAAGAAAACGAAUCUAAAAUUAAUACCAAAAGAUUAAGAAAUAUUUAUUUAGUUAUGCCAAACCCAUUAAAGAGUUGAAAGAGAAUCUUAAUUCUCUUUCAACUCAAAUUAGACCUUCAAAUUCCAAUCCAUAAAUAUUAAUCAAUUAAGAAUAAGUAAAGAAACUACCAAGUAAAUUUGAGUUUUUGAAUGACAAUUAUUAAAGUAGAGCAAGCAUAGUCAUUAGUUCAUUUUGA